AUGGUAGACCGUACGCCGGACAAGGAGCCGCCACCGGUGAUUAUUGCUAUUGUCGGCCCUGAAGGUGUCGGCAAAUCGACUUUGAUGCGCAGUCUCAUUCGCCGCUACACAAAGCACAAUAUUGCACACAUAUCCGGCCCCGUCACGGUCGUCGCUGGGAAGGCAAAGCGUUUGACUUUUAUUGAAUGCAACAACGAUCUGAAUUCCAUGAUUGAUGUCGGCAAAGUCGCUGACUUGGUGUUGCUCAUGAUUGACGGGAGCUUUGGGUUUGAAAUGGAGACGAUGGAGUUUCUCAAUGUGCUCCAGGCACAUGGUUUUCCAAAAGUGCUUGGCGUACUUACGUACCUAGAUUUGAUUAAAAAGGCACGCACUCUGCGUGCGACCAAGAAGCGCUUGAAGCACCGCUUUUGGACAGAGAUUUACCAGGGGGCCAAACUCUUUUACCUUUCCGGCAUCAUAAAUGGCCGAUACCCUGAUACCGAAAUCCAGAAUCUCUGCCGUUUUAUCAGCGUGAUGAAGUUCCGUCCUUUAACAUUUCGUAAUACGCACGCAUACUUCCUUGCGGAUCGUAUGGAGGAACUGACAUCGCGCGAAUUGGUCCGACAAACUCCCAAGAUGGACCGCGACAUUACGCUUUAUGGCUACUUACACGGCACCUCGAUGCGACAGCACCAGGCUGUGCACAUCCCUGGUGCAGGCGAUUUCCACGUCGGAUCUAUUGAGCAGCUCCCCGAUCCUUGCCCAUUGCCCACGCAGGAAAGCGAAAAGCGGCGUCGGCUGAGCGACAAGGCCAAACUGAUCCAUGCGCCAAUGAGCGACGUGGGCGGUGUCAUGUUUGACAAAGAUGCAGUGUAUAUUAACGUCCCUGGGAGCUUUUCGAAGCGCGAUGGCUACGAGGAUGUGGGCGAAGGAGAACAAAUGAUUAUGGACCUUCAAGACGCAUCUUCUACUUUGGACGAUCGCGCGGUGCGCAGCGAGCUGCGUUUGUUUGACGACUCUUCUGCACCUAUCCGCACGCGGCAGCGCAGGCCGGCGUUUGAUUCGACUGGCGAAGAAGACGACGACGAUACAGGCGACGAAGACGACGAAGACGAUGUAGAUGACGAGGGCGGCCGUGCUUGGGACUCGGACUCGGAUGGCGCGCAGGAAGAAGAGAUUGCCUAUGCAGAGAGUGAUUCGGAUAUGGGCGAUCAAGAACCCCUGGUCCCUUGGAAGCAAAACCUUGCGGCACGCGCUGAAGAAAGAGUACUUUCAAACCGCAGUCGCCAAGGGCAAAACUUGAUGAAACUCAUUUACGAGUCGGAUCAAACGCCCGAGCAAAUUGUGGAGCCUGCAAGCACCGCGCUGGAACAAGACGAGAAGCAAGAGGACGAUGAAUUUUUCCGCGUAAUAUCUACUGACGGCGUGGAAACAUCGACAGAUGUGCCCGACGAAACACGUCCCGGCAUUGUACCCGAAGCAUUGCAGACCUGGGAAGAUGAGGAUCAGCUUGACUCCAUUCGUCACUUGUUUAUCACGGGCGCUGAGCCUGAUGCGGAUCAUGGCUUGCCGACAGGCACCGCCGAAGAGGGCAGUCUUCCAGAAGAGGCGUCCAAAGCAGAUUCACUUGCGCAGAAAAAAGCAGCACUAAAGCGCAAGUUUGACGAACAGUACGACGGCGAACCAGACCAAGACAAUGACGAGGAUUGGUACACCGAACAGAAGCGCGAGUUGUCACGACAAGCGGAAGUUAAUCUUGCCGAGUUUGCCGACGAGAACGACAAGACAAGGAACCAGGUGUCUGGUUUUCAAGCGGGAGCCUAUGUUCGAGUCGAGUUACACAACGUCCCGUACGAAUUUGUCGAAAAUUUUGACGCCCACUACCCCAUUGUUGUUGGCGGCUUGAACCCAAGCGAGCUUGGUUACGGAUUUUUGCAGGCGCGCAUUAAGCGCCACCGCUGGCACAAGCGUAUCCUUAAAACCAACGAUCCAUUGAUUUUCAGCAUGGGCUGGCGCCGCUUUCAAAGCAUGCCCAUCUAUACCCUCGACGACGGAACUCGGAACCGCUUGCUGAAGUAUUCGCCAGAACACAUGCACUGCUUGGCAUCUUUCUACGGCCCAGCGACGCUUCCCAACACGGGUUUCUGUGCAUUUAAUGCAUUAUCUCCCGAAACACCCGCAUUCCGCGUCAGUGCCACCGGCGUUGUGCUCAGCUUUGAUUCUGGCGACGGUGCGUCGCACAAUAUUGUCAAGAAGCUCAAGCUUACCGGCACGCCGUCGAAAAUCUUCAAGAACACUGCGUUCAUCAAGGACAUGUUUACUACUCCGCUGGAAGUUGCCAAAUUCGAAGGUGCGCACAUUAAGACCGUUUCUGGCAUUCGCGGCCAAGUAAAAAAAGCGCUGCCCAAGCCCGAGGGCGAGUUCCGCGCUGCGUUUGAAGAUAAAAUUUUGAUGAGCGACAUUGUGUUUCUUCGCGCCUGGUACACAGUCGUUCCGCGCAUAUUUUUCAAUCCUGUUACCUCGCUGCUCUUGCCAGCCGACACCCGACGCUUUUGGCAAGGUAUGCGCCUUACCGGCACGAUCCGCCGCGAAGAGAAUAUUAAGACGCCGCUGCGCAUCAAUUCGGCCUACCGCCCUGUGGAGCGCCCAGAGCAGCGCAAGUUUAAUCCACUUCGUGUUCCGCGCCAGCUUCAAAGCGCUUUGCCGUACAGCAGCAAGCCGCACAUUACCAAGCCGCAAAAGAAGACCACCUAUCUCCAGAAGCGUGCCGUGGUGAUGGAGAAAGACGAGCGCAAUACAGUCGCGCUUUUGCAGCAGAUGCAAGCCGUGCAGCACGCCAAGCAACAAAAGCGUCUGCAAAAGAACCAAGAGCGUCGUGCGGAGAAGACCAAAGAGGCCAUGAAAACCGCGGCUAUGGAUGCACAGAAGCAAAAAGAGCGUAUGAAAACCGUAUACAAAGCCCAAGGCCAGCGCGCAGAGCGCGCUUCCAAAAAGGCGAAAACAUGA